GUCUUUAGCUUUGCAUCUAUUUCAAAACCUUUUAUUUUGAAAAUGAUUCACUUAUUAAGUGCUUAUUUCAGCAAAAGGAAAGAUCGGAUGCUCUGAAUAAGAAUGUUGCAUCCAUAGGAAAUGCACUGAGUAAAACUCUGGCUGUAGGAAAAACAUCAACAAUUGGAACUCCUACUCUAUUAGUUAAUGUUGCCAGAACAAGUGGCAAUGAUCUAGCAGCUACUGAAUUUCCUUCAGGAAAUGAUGGAAGCUCUAUAGCACUAUCUGGUGGCCUUGUCAGCAAUGAACCAGUCAACAUACAGCUUACCAACACAAAGGGCAACAUAGCAGCAUUUGCUGAAGGGGCUGAUAGUGUUACAUCAGGGAUCAAUACUCUAAGCCUAUUCAAUGAAGAAGGUGCUGUCAAACCAGAUGGAGUCGUAAUACAACAGAGCUUCAAUGUAGCUGACUUUGUGAAAAGGCCAGGCCAGAAAAUUAAAGGAAGAAGAGGGAAAAUGGCAUAUAUCAAGACAGAAACUUGUGAAAAGCAAGAUAUGCAGAUAUCAAUGUCAGAUGGCAAAGAUAACCAGGUCUUCAAAAUAGCAAUUAAGUGUGGUGAAUAUCCCAAAAAUCCAAAAGAUAGCAAUUGUGAUGUCAUAACAUUCAAGCCUGCAGAAAGUGAUGUCAUAAUUGUUCCAUAUGAGUGUGUGGCAGACUGUGUCUGUGAUGGGGAUAUCACUAUUGGAGCACUGAUACGUACCAAGAAAGGAGGAAGAGGUAAAAGACAAGCAGACAAUAGCAACACAACAGUUGAAGAUGAUGACUACUCUGAUUACAUUGACUGGAACACUAUUAGUGAGGCUGAACUGGAGGAUAUGGGAAUAGACCCUGAUGAUGCAGGAGACAUGCCUGAUACAGAUGUAGCUAGUGUUGGCUGUAAGGUCUUCAAUGGAACUGAUUGGGUAUCAGAUGGAUGCAGGAUCUCCCCAUUGUCCACAGCAAACAAUACAAAGUGUGAUUGUGAUUUGGCAGAGACACCUGCUUUCACAUUUGCCACAUCAUUCAUGGUCAUGCCCAACACCAUCGACUUCAAUGCUGUCUUUGCUAACUAUGACUUUGGGCGUAACGCUGCAGUAUUUGCCACGCUGUUAGCAUUACUUGCAAUAUAUAUUCCCAUAGUGAUCUGGGCUCGCAGAAAUGAUAACAAGGACAUUCUAAGAUGGGGUGUGACCCUGUUGAAAGAUAACGACCCUGAUGAGCACUACUUUUACAUCAUCAAUGUAUAUACUGGGAUGAGACGUGGUGCUGGGACAAAGUCUAAGAUCAGCUUCAUACUUGCUGGUCAGGAUGAGGACACUGGAGUUAGACAAUUAGACGAUGGCCUACGAACCGAGUUUGGCAGGGGCACUGUGCUAAGGUUCUUAUGUAGUACCCCCGAAUCUCUGGGGCAGUUGAAGUACAUACGUAUGUGGCAUGAUAACUCAGGUGGGGGAGAGAAUUCAUCUUGGUAUCUGGCUAGAGUUCUGGUCCAGGACAUUCAGACUGAUGAUACAUUUGUGUUUGUCUGUGGUAAAUGGCUUGGUGUAGAGAUGGGUGAUGGUGAGAUAGAACGUUUGAUUCCCGCAGCAGAGUCUGACACUUUACGUACAUUCAAUCAUCUAUUUGACGACAAUGCAAGGAAGCGAGUCACUGAAGACCAUCUUUGGUUCUCUAUUCUGAUGCGUCCUCAAAGGAGUAACUUCACCAGAGUCCAGAGAGUCUCAUGUUGUCUCUCACUCUUGUUUCUCACUAUGAUUGCUAACUGUAUGUUCUUUGGCCAAGAGAAUGCUGUUGAUAACCCUAUGGUGAUCUCUGUUGGUCCAUUGAGCUUUGGCAUACACACUAUUUGGAUAUCAUUUAUUAGUAUCCUAGUAGUGAUGCCUGUCAGUCUAGUGUGUGUUGAGCUGUUUAAAAGAGCAAGACCUAGGAAAACUCAGAUAGGCACAGGUGUUAACCCAACAGAUUCGGGCGAUGAGAAACCAAUCGGUUGCUGCAAUAAACUUCUUCAUAAUGUCCCAAUAAGAGGCCGUGUGUACAUGCCUAUUGACCAAGAGGAAAAAACGUUGCCUUACUGGGUUGCCUAUAUAGGAUGGACAUUGGUAGUUCUGUCUGUUGUUGCAUCAGGUUUCUUCAUUCUGCUCUAUACGCAGCAAUGGGGGGAGGAAAAGUCAAGUCAGUGGCUGAGCACCUUCAUGCUCUCAUUUUUCCAGUCCCUCCUCGUCAUGGACCCUGUCAAGGUGGCAGUUAUAGCAGCUGCCCUGUCAAUCAUAUUCCGUAAGCCACGCCUUAUUGGAGACACAAUUGAGAUGAACACCCUGAAGGAAGAUGAAGAAUACAUACAGCAAAACACAUCAGAGAGGAAUGCUGCUACAAGAGCCAAAUACUAUAAGCCAAUGAGCAAAAGAAAAAUCAGAGAAUUUCGAAAGGAGCGUCACAGGGAGAUAGCUCUUCAAGGGCUCACCAGGGAGAUUGUGCUCUACGUUAUCUUUAUGUGGAUAAUAUACAGCAUCAGUCAGAGUAACCGAGAUGACAUGAGUUACCGUAUCACUGAGGUCCUCAGUAAAUCCAUACUGGAUGAUCUCACCACUUCAAUGAAACCAGAGGGAUUUUAUGAGACCAACACCAGAAAGAAGUUUAUGGAAUGGAUGGAUGAGGAGCUACUCCCUGUCAUGUUUGCAGAUGUCGACUAUAAAGGGGACAAACUCACCUGGAAGGACCAGUUGUACAUGGAGGACCUUGCCAACUUCAGAGUAGGACCUAUGAGACUGAGACAGUUACGACAGAAGGAAGAUUUAAGUGAACCUAAUACCCUGGAGCCAAAUGUGGUUGUUAAUACCACCGAUGGAACACCAACAUGUGAAAGAGCAAAAUAUGGCUGGUACGAGUUUGGCAAUGAAGAAGAUAGAGACUUUUGUCUGGGUUGGAAGUCUCAGCCCUGUCCCCCUGCGGAGGCUCCCUAUAGCUGGUCAUCACCUGCUUGGAACUACACAUCUGCCUUUGAUGUCUGGGGUAUCCCAAUCCUUGGUUUGGUAGACACCUACAGUGGUGGUGGAUACAUAGCUACCUUGGAUACCACAUACCCUAUUGCUAGACUGACUCUCAAUGAAAUGUGGAAGAACUUUUGGAUUGAUCGUCAAACCAGAGUUGUGUUCAUUGAGUUUACUGUAUAUAAUGCCAACAUCAAUAUCUUCACAGUAGUAACCUUGAUGGCUGAGUUCCCUGCCAGUGGGGGUAUCAUACCCUAUGCUACUCUGCACUCGUUCAGGCUCUAUAUGCAUGAGGGUGCACAAGGACUGUACAAUCUGGCCUGCGAAAUCAUAUUCAUUAUAUUCCUGGGGUACCUCAUAUACCAGCAGUUCAAUGUGUGUAGGCGUGUAGGACGUAAGGGCUAUUUCAGCGCAGGCUGGCACGUUUUUGAUUUCCUCACCAUCAUUGGAUCCUUGAUUGCGAUUGUGAUGUACUUCAUGCGCUACGCUAUGACAAGAGAGACGAUGAACAAGUUUGCUGAGGACCCUAAGGCAUUUGUUGACUUCAACCAUAUCGCCCAGUGGGACCAGAUCUUAGGCUGGACUGUUGCUUUCCUGGUGUUCUUCUUCACGUGCAAGUUCCUGCGUAUCUUGAGAUUUAACAAGCGCAUGGGAUGGUUAAGUGCAGUCCUCUCUGCUGCUUCAAAAGAUCUUGCCAACUUCUCAUUCAUUUUCUUUGUUAUGCUAUUCGGGUUUACUACAUUUGCUUAUGUUGUAUUCGGGCAACAUGUCAAGGGUUUCUCAACAAUGGGCCGAUCAGUUGGAAGUUUGUUGGCUCACAUUCUUGGAGAUAUCCAAUAUGAGGACAUUGUCACAGUCAACGUUGGACUUGCUCAGUUCUUCUUCCUCUUCUUCACUGGUCUCUUCACCAUGGUUCUCAUUCAUAUGUUCAUCUGCAUCGUGAAUAUUGCCAUCUACACUGUGAAGAAGAACACUAAGAUGGUCCCAAAUGAGUAUGAGGUGAUUGACUACAUCUUGGAAAGCUUUGGAGAAUGGGCUAAUAUAAAGUGGCUUAUGCCAAAGAGACCAAAGAAGAAAAGAGAUGGUUAUGAUCCAGACUCUGUAGAAGCUCUAAAGGAGAGACGCACCAAGGUACUCUGUGAGUUAAUGGUCCAACAAUGGGUUGACAUUCUCCAUAAGGUGGACUUUGAGACAAAGCAAUAUGUAAUGAAGGUAGAUGAGUUAGCAAAUAGAAGUCCAAAAGAUCCAACAUCACCUACUACAUCUACAGAGGAAAAUGGCUCCAAACAGGAGGAUAACAACAGAGGAAAAGAGAGCAAUGAUGUGAAAAAGGAUGACAAUAUUUCUUUGAUAUCUGAGAGUGUUUCUAGAGAAGGUACUGGACUUGCAGAAGUUGAAACUUAAAUGUUGAAAAGGGUAGUCAGUUCUUAGUUCUCGUUGAGUUGAGAGAUUUAAUUUAAACUGAAAGUGUGAAGACGAAGCUCUCUUUUAAGAAGUGAAGUUGAACGAAUGCAAAG